GCUCCUGGGCCCGCCAUGUCCCGGCUGUUGCCGCUGCUGGGGAGCCGGACGGCGCGCAGCCUGAGGCCGGGCCCGGCCGCCGCCGCCGCCGCCGCCCAGGCGCCCCGCCCGCCGUCCUGGUGCUGCUGCGGGCGGCGGGGGCUGCUGGCGCUCGGCGCCCCCGGCGGGGCGCGGACCCUGGGCACGCACCCCAAGAAGGAGCCCAUGGAGGCGCUCAACACGGCGCAGGGCGCGCGCGACUUCAUCUACAGCCUGCACUCCACCGAGCGGAGCUGCCUGCUCAAGGAGCUGCACCGCUUCGAGUCCAUUGCCAUCGCCCAAGCAUGCAGAUAUCCCAAACCUGAGAUGGUCAUUGUGAAGCAUGUGAAGGAAGUGUCACCAGCAGAGAGCCCUGAUAGUUUUGAAAAAUUGGAAGCUCUACCACCUACCCCAGGACAACUGAGAUAUGUGUUCAUCCACAAUGCGAUACCUUUCAUAGGGUUUGGCUUUUUGGAUAAUGCAAUUAUGAUUGUUGCAGGAACACAUAUCGAACUGUCUAUUGGAAUUAUUUUGGGAAUUUCAACAAUGGCAGCUGCUGCUUUGGGAAAUCUUGUGUCAGAUUUAGCUGGACUUGGACUUGCAGGUUAUGUUGAAGCUUUGGCUUCCAGGUUAGGCCUGUCAAUUCCCGAUCUUACACCAAAGCAAGUUGACAUGUGGCAAACACGUGUUAGUACACAUUUGGGCAAAGCUGUCGGUGUGACUAUUGGCUGCAUUCUAGGAAUGUUUCCCUUGUUUUUCUUUGGAGGAGGUGAAGAAGAUGAAAAACUGGAAAAGAAAAAUCAAUCCUCUUAAGAUACCCAUAAAAAGAUGUAAACUGAUGUACCUCAGUUAUAAGUAUGCUGUCACAACAUUUAGGAUAAAGACAGUAACAGUGUAUAGAUAUGGGAACAAGUAAUUCAGCAUGUAUUAUGGAAAACACUAACUUAUUGUGGCUUGAUCUCCUUAGGUCAUCUUUUUAAAAACCUACUUAGUAUCAUUUUAUGGAAGUUGUUGAGAUGCUUUUUCAUCAGUAGCAGUCAAUGUUAUCUUUCCCUUCUCUUUCUUUUAUAUAUUGAGAUAUUAUUUAAGUUUCAGUCAUUGAUGUACUGUACUGACUUGGGGUUUAUUUGUUUAUUACUUAACAUGUGUACAUGCAUGGAAAUAUGUAUUUUUUGUUGUUUUAUAAUGGUUACAAUUCAACUACGAUUUUUCCAAAUUAUUUUAAAUAUUUUAAUAUCAGUUAAUGAUUUUUUUACUCCUUUCUGUCAACAUCAAUUUUGUAUUAUUUCAACAGGAAACACUCAUAAUAUUUUAAGUCAUUCUGUAACUUUAACAUCUGUUCAAAAUGCACAUACAUUUUAAGUCUAAUAUUACUGUACCAUCUUAACAGCCAGAGGUUCAUCAGAAAGAGCAAAGAUCUUUCUCCCUCUUGUAUAAUGCUAUGUAUGCUGACAAGUGUACUUAUUCCUAGUUGAUUUUUUAAAAACUUUCCCAAUUUUGAGUAAUUGCAUGGUGGGUUUUGAUUUCUGAGAAGAAAAUGACCAUUUUACAGUGUUUUAAAAUAAGGAUUAAGGGAUUAGCAUGAACUAAGGACUUUAAGAUGGCAUCUGGAAUAGAGACUUUUUUAUUUUUUUGAGCAAUCUAAACUGUCAGGAAGGUUUAUGGUAUAAGUGGUGAUAUUGGAGUGUUAUGUAGGAGGAUAAUGAAAUACAAAUUAUAUUUCUUCAAAAGGUUUUUUUUUCUGUAAAGCAUUAUUUUCUCAUCUGAAUGGGGCAAGUCUCAAUUUUCCAUGCUCAUAAUUCUAAUCUCAUUAUAUCUUAUACAGUUAAUUUUUUCUAGAUAAAUUCUUUUGAAAUAAAAGAUAUACUUUAUAUUUUACUUUUUGCUAUGUCAGAAGUAAUACAAAGAUAGCUGGGUGUGAUGGUUCACACCUUUAAUCCUAGCACUUGGAAGGCAGAGGUAGGAGGAUUCGAGGCCACCCUGAGUCGAAUUCCAGGUUAGCAUGGGCUAGAGUGAAACCCUACCUCGAAAAACAAACAAACAGUAACACAAAGAGAAAGCCUUUCCAGCAUUUUUGGCCUUGUUUUCUUCUGUGGUGAUUAAAGCAUAUGCUUGGUUUAACUGCUUAUUUUCAGUCUUGUUUUCUUAGCUAAGGAUAAUCAUAAAUGAAACAUAAACUUUAUUUUUAACCCAAGGUUUUUAGCAAGUGCUAAACAAUUCCUUGUAAAAGAGUAAACAUUAUGGAAGAGAAAAAUUGAAAUUAAAAUGACCUCUUUUGAUUAUUAAAAUUAUUUGUGUUGCUAGGUAGGUACAAAAGAAGAAAACCUGACAGGAUGGCUGUGUUUUAGUAAUCUCAGCUUGACUUUUUCUUGCAUAUAAUUAUGUUGAGCUCUUACUUUCCAGGAAAGCUUUUUCCCCAAAAAAAGUUUGUCAAAAAUUCUCACUUGUGCACUUUGGAAUGAUGUAGUGCUGUCCAUUUAUCACAUUUUUCAAGGGGAAAAAAAGAAAAUAUAUCAUAUUCUUCCUAUGUAGAGAUAAUAGCAUCCUCAUUUGUCAAAUUUGAAUCACACAACUUGAGAUCUUAAAGGGUUUCUGUCGUGUGUCUUCCACAUAUGUUACUAUAGAUACCAAAUACAGAAUUGUAGGUUGAUAGGAGUAGAAUGCUUAAUUUUUGGUAAAUGUCUUAAGUGCUUUUGUCUGUAAUUUCUAUAUUGAUAGUUGCCUUUUUAAAAAAUUUAUUGUGGUCUUAACUUUUUUUUUUCAUUAAUUCCCACUUCCAGAAACUUGUCUUGCAAGUUUAGAAAGAAAUUUUGAUUAUUUUCUUUUGUUUUCUCUUGAAAAUAAGCCAAUCCUAUUUUUAGCAGCAUUUACAUUAUUAACAGAAUUAAAAUCAUCUGUUUAAUUGAAAAUCUUCAGGGUUGCUUGAGAUGUGGAAACAUUAAAUAUAUAGCCUUCAUAUUAAAAAUUCACAUUCAGUCACAAUAAAAAUAUGUGGGUCAUUCAGACACCUAAUUUUCAAAAACAAAGGCUCUUUGUCUAACCAAAGGUAUACACAUUUUUUUCAAGCUCUUGUUCUGAUAUAAUAUGGUGCUUUGCCGAAUGUGAUUUCUGAAACAUGGUUCCCUUCAUAUGCUCACUGUUCCAUGUUACUCACCAUAGAGAAUCUUACUCGGACUGAACUGGAUCUCUUUAUUUCUUAUAGCAGCCGCUAAGCCGCAGAGCUCCAGUGAGAUGCACCAUGAGCUGCAUUAGUACUGUGUGUGCAAACUUCGUGUUGUUAUUGUGUUAUGAUUUCUUGACUUUUUGAUGCAUGUUGGGUGCAUUUUGUUGCUACUGUAUGUUAAAUGGUGACCAAUGUUUUUACAAAGAAACUGAACAAAAAAAAAACCUUUUAAGAAAUUUGGAAUGUG